AGUACCUUCUUGUUUGAGAAAAGAAAAAGAAAGCAAUUAAAAGUUGUUUUGUUUGUUCGGUGAGAAAAAUGGGUCCUCUUGUGAUUUCUUCAAGGUUUCUUUGGUAUUUUUGCUUUGUUCUAAGUGCAGUUAGAGUAGUCCACGUACAAGCUAAUAACGGUUGGCUUAACGCUCAUGCAACGUUCUAUGGGGCCAAUCAAAAUCCCACCACCCUUGGGGGAGCAUGUGGCUACGAUGACACCUUUCAUGCUGGGUUUGGUGUGAACACCGCAGCAGUCAGCACCAUGCUAUUCAGAGACGGGGAGGUUUGUGGUGCAUGCUACCAGGUGAUGUGUGACUAUAGGGCAGACCCAAAAUGGUGCCUUAUUAGUCGCGGGGUGACAGUAACCGCCACAAACUUUUGCCCUCCGAACAACCACGGAGGGUGGUGUGACCCCCCUUACCAUCACUUCGACAUGUCUAUGCCUGCUUUCUUUCGCAUUGCACGACAAGGCAAUGAAGGCAUUGUUCCUGUCCUUUAUAGAAGGGUGGCAUGCAAAAGAAGAGGGGGAGUGAGGUUCACAUUGAAGGGGCAAUCCAACUUCAACAUGGUGAUGAUAUCCAAUGUUGGUGGGAGUGGGGAUGUGAAGGUUGUGUGGAUCAGAGGAUCCAGAAGUGGGGCAUGGCUCCCAAUGCACAGGAACUGGGGAGCCAACUGGCAGAGCAGUGCAGAUCUCAGAAACCAAAGACUCUCGUUCAAGAUGACAUUGGUUGAUGGGAAGACACUAGUGUUCCUCAAUGUGGUGCCUUCCACUUGGAGGUUUGGACAGACUUUUUCAUCCAAGAGUCAGUUCUUUUAGCUCCUCCUUGUGGUGAUAAGAGAGACACCAUUACACAAAAUUAGUUAACAUGUCCACAAACAUGCUGUUUUUGAAAAGGCUGGAGUGGAGGAUAUACAUUAUCUCAAUUCUCACAUCAUACUUCAUACAGUUUCUUCUAUUUUUCUUUUGUUAAUUGAUAUUGUUUAAGGGAAUUCAAUAAUGCAGUCGUGCAAUGGUGCUCAGGAUUAUACUCUGCACGCGGCAGAGUCAAAUGUGUGGUUGUAAAAUUAAAAUGCUCCAAUUUUUGGGAGUAUUUAAGUGUUUGUUAUUUCAAUA